GCCUGGUUCACUGUAUUCGUCGCUGCAAGUUCGACAACUCGAAAUCCUCUGCGCGCCUUGUCUACCAUUCAGAAUGCCACCAUAGACACACAUACACACCGGGUGACAGCGUUACACCACUUCGACUUGACAUUCGUAUUGCGCCCGGAUCUACACGUCAAACUCUCUCUCGAACCGAACGACGAACUCCUGCCAAACUCGGGUCUGGUAGUAUCAUACUUGAAUGCCGACGGAUCUGUUUCCAGGACCGAGGACGUUGAUCGUCUGGUCCAUAAGGUCUUCCGGGGAAGUGCUUGGUAUCGCCAGGAAAAUGUGGACGAUGAAUGGAUAAGAGCAGGAUGGGCAAGAAUCACAAUCAUCAAGGAUGGUCUACAACCGCUGUUCCAGGGUGCAUUCGCUCUAAACCACGACAACCACCACAUUCAACUCGCUCCCCACUUUGCGCACACACGCCACCACCUGGAUCCUCACAUCAACACCGCAGACGAGAACAGCAUGGUUGUAUACCGCGACUCAGACAUCCUGCUGGACCAGGAUGUCGAUUAUCAUAUGCAAGAGCUUAAGAGGAGCCUGAACCAAGACGACGGCUUUACAUGUCUGUCGGACAACCUGGAAUUCAACAGCCAACCCGAUCAUCCCGUCUACACCGCUAUGCUGCGCAGAUCCGAUUCGGUCUUGGGCAGUGAGACUCUAGGAAACCUUUUUGGCAAACGCCAGGUCGAUAGUAGCACCGCUGGCAAUUCUGCAGGUGUCGACCUCACUUCUACCAUUGGUCAGACUAGAGGCUGUCCCAACACCAGGCAAGUAGCUCUUGUUGGUGUGGCUACUGACUGCACUUAUACCGCGCAAUUUAAUUCGAGCGAAGCGGUACGCAUGAACGUCAUUGAUCAGAUGAACACAGCCUCCAGUGUAUAUGAACAAGCAUUUAACAUCUCGCUUGGUCUGGCUAACUUGACAAUCUCGGACUCAAACUGCCCUGGAACUCCCAACUCUGCAAGUGCCUGGAAUCAGGCAUGUAGUGAUAGCGUCGACAUCCAAGAUCGCCUCAACCUGUUCAGCGCAUGGAGAGGAAAUCAACAAGACACCAACAGCCACUGGACACUUCUCAGUACGUGCAACACCGGAAGCGCAGUUGGCCUUGCCUGGCUUGGUCAGGCAUGUGUUCAGACUGCCUAUUCCACGAACAGUAGCACAACUGGUAACGGUCAGUCAUCUACAUCAGGUGCAGAGACCGUGAGUGGCGCAAAUGUCGUCGUCCGAACCCGAGGAGCUUCGGAGUGGCAGAUCAUCGCGCACGAGACUGGUCACACUUUCGGCGCAGUCCACGACUGUACAGAGCAGACUUGCGCCCAGGGAACGACAGUCGGUAGCCAACAGUGCUGCCCCCUUAGUUCCGGAACCUGCAAUGCAGGUGAAGCUUACAUUAUGAACCCGUCGACCAGUGCUGGUGUCAGAACUUUCAGCCCAUGCAGUAUUGGCAACAUCUGCAGUGCUUUGGGCCGCAACAGUGUCAAAUCUACCUGUUUGACCGCCAACCGAAACAUCAAGACUAUCGGCACGCAAGAAUGUGGCAAUGGCAUCGUUGAGGAGGGCGAAGACUGCGAUUGUGGUGGUGAAAGCGGAUGCGCGGGUAACUCGUGCUGCAACCCGACAACCUGCAAGUUCACAAAUAAUGCAGUCUGUGAUGAUAGCAACGAAGGAUGCUGCAACAACUGUCAGUUCGCCGGCAACGGUACUGUAUGUCGCGCUUCGACUGGAGCUUGUGAUCCCGCAGAGACAUGCCCUGGUAAUUCAGGUACUUGUCCUCAAGAUGCAAGCGCUCCUGAUGGCGAGAGCUGUGGCAAUCGUCUCCAGUGUGCCAGUGGUCAAUGCACGAGUCGUGACCAACAGUGCAGGAGUGUUAUGGGUGGCUACCAGGGAGUUGGUAACAACACUUCUGCUUGCAACAGUCAGACGUGUCAGAUCAGCUGCUCUAGUGGUAGAUCGAAUUCUGCGUUCGGAAACAACGUCUGCUUCGAGGUGCAACAGAACUUCCUAGACGGCACACCCUGCGGAGGUGGGGGCAGAUGUGACAAUGGACGCUGCAAAGGGACAAAUACCGGAGGCGAGAUCCGCUCAUGGAUCGAUGACCACAAGGGCAUCGUGAUCGGAGUGUGUUGCGGAGUCGGAGGCCUCCUACUCUUCGCCAUCUUCGGAUGCUGUGUUCGUCGCUGCAAAAGA